GCCUUCCCACGCCCGCAGCCGCCGCCGCCGCCGCCGGGCCCGCACGCGCCGGCCGGAGCCACCCGCGCCCCCCCCCGGCGGGGCGGGGGGGCCAUGGAGCACCGGGCCCGGUGAACGAGCGAGGAGGAGGAGCCCGGGGGGAGCGACAGGAGCCAGGUCACCCACCUACCCAUGGCCCCCCCUCCCCGUCCCCUCCCCAUCCCCCGGUCACCGCGGGGGGGGGGACCCCAAGGGCUGCUGACCACCGGGACCACCCUGCUGACCAUUGUGACCACCGUGCUGACCACUGCGACCACCGUGGCCAUCAUCCCCCUGCUCACCACUGCGACCACCCUGCUGCUGACCACCGGGACCACCCUGCUGACCACCGGGACCACCCUGCUGACCACUGCCAUCACCGUGCUGACCACCGGAAUCCCCUGGCUCACCGCUGGUAUCCCCCUGCUGCUGACCACUACGACCACCCUGCUGACCACCAGAAUCCCCCGGCUGACCACCGGCAUUUCCCGACUGACCACCGGCAUCCCCCGGCUGCCCACCACGACCACCAUCCCCCUGCUGACCCUCACCCUGCUGACCACCGCCGCCGCCCCCGUGUCCGCCUGCCCCGCCGUUUGCCGCUGCUCCGGCGGCCGCGUUUACUGCAACGACCGCGGGCUGACGGCCGUGCCCGAGGGGCUCCCUCCCGGUGCCACCACGCUGUUCCUGCAGAACAACCGCAUCGGCGACGCGGGCAUCCCGGCUCGCCUGGGCCGGCUGCCGGCGCUGCGGGUGCUUUACCUGUACGCCAACGCCCUGGAGCAGCUGCCGGCCCACCUGCCGCCGGCUCUGCGGGAGCUGCACCUGCAGGAGAACAACGUGCGCGGCCUCUGCCGCCGGGCGCUGGCCCGGGCGCCGCUGCUCGAGCGGCUGCACCUGGAUGACAACUCGGUGUCGGCCGCCGGGAUCGAGGAGGACGCGUUCGCCGAGAACCGCCGGCUGCGCCUCCUCUUCCUCUCUCGGAACCACCUGAGCAGCGUCCCCGCGGGGCUGCCGCCGGCGCUGGAGGAGCUGCGGCUGGAUGACAACCGCAUCCACACCAUCCCGCUGCGGGCUUUCGAGGGGCUGCCGGCGCUGCGGCGCCUGGUGCUGGACGGGAACCUGCUGGCGAACCAGCGCAUGGCCGACGACACCUUCAGCCGCCUGGGGAACCUCAGCGAGCUCUCGCUGGGUCGCAACGCGCUGGCGGCGCCCCCGGCCAACCUGCCCCGGGCUCGGCUCCGCCGCCUCUCGCUGGCCGCCAACGCCAUCAGCCACGUCCCGGCCGGAGCUCUGGCCAGGAUGAGGGCGCUGGAGAGGUUGGAUCUGUCGGACAACAACCUGACCACGCUGCCCAGGGGGCUCUUCGACGAUCUGGGCAGCCUGAGCCACCUGGGGCUGCGCAACAACCCCUGGUUCUGCGGCUGCAACCUGGCCUGGCUGCGGGACUGGCUGCGGCGCCGCGCCCCGCCGCGCCUCGAGGUGCGGGGGCUGCUGUGCCAGGCACCGGCCCGGUUGCGGGGGCUGCCGGUGGGAGAGCUCCGGGGGGAGAUGGACGCUUGCGAGAGCCCGGGAGGAGCGGGGGGAACGGGCGCGGGGACGUCGCCCGGCGUUUCCUCCGCCGGUGUUUCCUCCCCCGCCGCACCGGGAGGAGCGGCCGCCGCCUCGCCGGGGCUCUGGGUGCAGGCGGCUCCCGGCGGGGCCCUGCGGGUCCGGUGGCCACCGGCGCCUCCCGGGGCGUCGCUGAGGCUCAGCUGGCUGCGGCCCGGGGGGGGAGCCGUGACCGAGACCUUGGUGCGGGGCGAGCGCGGUGAGUACGUGGUGCGGGCGCUGCAGCCCCGAGCCCCGUACCGGGUGUGCCUCGCCGCUCUGGAGCCCCCCGCCGCUCCCCCGCUCUGCGCACAAGCCCGGGCCGGUGCCGGGGACCCCUCCCAAAGCGGUGCGGCCCCCCCGAGCCACGAUGGGGACGCGACCCCCGCGCUGCUGCCCCCGGCCGCGGCUCUGGGGGCGGCGGCGGCGGCGGCGGCCGGGGUGGUGCUGGGGGUGCUGGGGGGGUGCUGGAGGAAGAGGAGGAGGAGGAGGAGGAGGAUGGGGCUGGGGGCGCCGCCGUUGCCGCCCCCCAAAGGUGGCGGCGGGGGGGGGGCGCGGUUGGCGCUGCGGCCGCUGCGGGCCCCGGACGAGGGCGGGAUCCGCACCGUGUUCCCCCCCCCGCCGCCGCCGCCGCCGCCGCCGCCGCUGCCCCCCCCCGGCGUGCGCGGUUACCGGGGGGGGCCGGUGCCGCAUGGGGGGGGGAGCGGGGGGGGGUCCUGA